UCAUUUGGGAAAUGUGUCACUAGUCUUGUACAAGGUCGCCGGCCUGGCUUUUACACUGUCACAGUAGCAGUUGUUUUGUAAUGUCCAUCAAUCCAUAACUCAAUCCAAACUCAGCAGCUUCCAUAUGUCCGCUUGUCUCCUGACAACUCCAUGAACUACAGCACUAGAGACAGCGAAACUAACCGAGAACUUCUAUGCGAGUCUUGCCACUUCCGAAGCAUUUGGCUCUUUAAUUUCUCCAUGAAAGCACGCAAUCUCUUACCGCUCAGCUUAACAAUAUACUACGUGCGUAUGCUAAUUAAAAUUGUAGCGCAAGCCGUGUGCCACCUUCCAUUCCACGAUGCCCAACAAGCUUUCGCUCUCCGCUUACCUGCUCUGGGCCAUGUCCGUGCUCGCCGCGGCGGCCUCAGACGAUGUCAGAAUCGCCGUGUACUGGGGCCAGGACGCCAGAGAGGGCUCGCUCAGGGACGCAUGCAGCACCGGCCUCUACGCGUACGUUAACAUCGGCUUCCUCUCCACGUUCGGCGACGGCCGUGCCCCGAUCCUCGACCUCGCUGACCACUGCGACCCGCCGUCGGGUGGCUGCGCGUACCUCGCCACCGACAUCGCCUCCUGCCAGUCCACAGGCAUCAAGGUGCUCCUCAGCAUCGGCGGCGGCACGCUCGGCGGCUACAACCUGUCCUCGCCGUCAGACGCGCAGGGCGUGGCCGCGUACAUCUGGGACAACUUUCUCGGUGGCACCAGCACCGGCACCGGCACCGGCACCGGCGCACCCCGCCCGCUCGGCGAUGCGGUGCUCGACGGCGUCGACUUCGACAUCGAGGCCCCGUCCCGGUACUACGACGACCUCGCGCGGAACCUGGCGUCGCUGUACAGGGGCGACGCGCGGGGCAGGACGUACAUGCUCACCGCGGCGCCGCAGUGCCCGUUCCCGGACGCGUCCCUGGCGGUGGCGCUCGGCACGGGGCUGUUCGACCACGUGUGGGUGCAGUUCUACAACAACCCGCCGUGCCAGUACGCCCAUGGGGACGCCGGUGCGCUGCGGAGCGCGUGGCAGCAGUGGACGACGAGCCUGCCGUCCGCGACCGUGUUCCUGGGCCUGCCGGCGUCGCCGGAGCCGGACGCUGCGGACGGCGGGUUCGUGGACGCGGACACGCUCGCCUCGCAGGUGCUGCCGGCGGUGGAAGGCGCGCCCAACUACGGCGGCAUCAUGCUGUGGAGCCGCUCCUACGACAAGGACACUGGAUUUAGCGUGAAGCUGCAGGGCAUCUUGCAAAACCGGAACUCAGAUAAGAAAAGGAGAAUCUAUAUAAUAGUAGGAGCAGCUGUCGCUGGCGUUUUGCUGCUGUUCCUGCUUAUUUGCGCCUGUUUCCUCUGCCACAAGAAGUACCGUGGCACGCCACCUCCUGAGGGAUCAGAGGCCCCUCCAGCUCCAAAGAUAGAGCCACCUCAGUAGUGAGACAAGAGAUCUUGUAAGGAGGAUGAUCAUAGUUGGGUUGUGGUGCGUACAAACGGCACAUACGAAUCGGCCUUCGAUGAGUAAAGCCGUCGAGAUGCUGGAAAAUAGCAGCAUGGACUCGGAGCUGCCAGUAAGGAACUCUUGAGGGAUAAAAGGCAUGGUUGUAACUCGUAGUAACAUUGUUCAUAUCAUGAGAAGUAGUGCAUCCAUGGUCUUCAAGAAAGAAAUUUCUGUAAAAUAUUUUUGUAGAAGAGCUCAAAUGGUGUCGCUG